GUCUUCAUUCACGCAGAAUGAAAGAAAAAAAAGCUAGUGGAGCGAUAUAUCAAGUAACUGCCAGUAAUUUGCACCUUCCUCUAGUCCUUAGAAAAGAGGAAAGAUAUUUUCCCUCGCCCCUUUUCUGACUUCUGAGAGAAAAUUCAUUCCGCCUUUACCAUCAGGUUUUUUUGUUUUGUUUUGUUUUUCUCCGACUGGUUGUGUUUUAUUGAAGAAAUUGGAACUCUUAAUGAGUUGCUUGCUGAGCAUCUGGGGUCAGUUCGACAGUGCCAGUGGCAGGCAGGAAUCCUGAAAUUGUGGAUUACCCAUAUAUACUUUGAGACAUGCUUUUAAAUGUUUUUUUCUGGAAGCCUUGCAACUGCCCUAAAAAUUGAAUGUAUUGUAGAACAGACCUAUGGCCAGUGGUGGCAGAGUCUGCAUAGAACUAUGCUUCGUGGUGUUCUGGGAAAAACCUUUCGACUUAUUGGCUAUACUAUUCAGUAUGGCUGUAUAGCUCAUUGUGCUUUUGAAUACGUUGGUGGUGUUGUCAUGUGUUCUGGACCAUCAAUGGAACCUACAAUUCAAAAUUCAGAUAUUGUCUUUGCAGAAAAUCUUAGUCGACAUUUUUAUGGUAUCCAAAGAGGUGACAUUGUCAUUGCAAAAAGCCCGACUGAUCCAAAAUCAAACAUUUGUAAAAGAGUAAUUGGCUUGGAAGGAGACAAAAUCCUCACCAAUAGUCCAUCAGAUUUCUUUAAAAGCCAUAGUUAUGUGCCAACGGGUCACGUUUGGUUAGAAGGUGAUAAUCUACAGAAUUCUACAGAUUCCAGGUAUUAUGGACCUAUUCCAUAUGGACUAAUAAGAGGACGUAUCUUUUUCAAGAUUUGGCCUCUGAGUGAUUUUGGAUUUCUCCGUGACAGCCCUAAUGGCCACAGAUUUUCUGACGAUUAACAAGCAUUUAUUCUUUUGAUUAUUCUCUACAAGUGAAUUUAUUAUUGCCACUGAAACCAUAUACUUACUAAUAAACUAUUUGCUACUUAGUUUUAGUCAUUUGUAAUUGUUAUAUGGAAGAAUAAACGAUACAUAUUGCAAGUGCUAUUAGUUCCAAAUAUAUGGAUAAAAAUGUAAUCCAAGAUAAGAAAUCUAAAGUUUAUGAUAGAUAUAAAAAUAUUUUUAGGGAAAAAACCUGGAUGACCACCUCACUUCUGAAUUUUUGGUUUAAUAGUUAUAAUGAAAGUAAUCUUUUCUUGACUGUGCCUCAUACUUUUGCUACAUUUACACAUCAGAGUAGUAACUAGUCUUUCAAGUCCAAACCAGUAAUACCAUGAAUUCAACCAAUAAAAACCUGCUAAGUCACAUACUUGGUUCACUCUUUUGAAAUUAAAGUUCCAGUGAUCCUAUAAAGGAUACCUCAAUCUUUUCAAAUGAGUCCUGACUUAUACUGUAUAUAGGAUAUCAAAGAUAGAGAAAAAUAAAAUCUUUAGAGUCCAUUAUAAUCAAUAAUAACAUUAUAAAUGUCCAUUUGUUCAUACCAGCAAUGCAAUGGUUCCUUAUUCAUAAAUACAGGAAUUAAUACUUAGUACUUUGAAAUAAAAAAGGAAGUAAUGUGUCAGUUUCAGAUUAUUAUUUUUUUUAGAGCUACCAUUCCUAAGUUACAUUUAAAGUUGAAGAUGGCAGUGUUUAAACUUUAUUCCCUUUAACGUAGCCACACGAAGAAUCUGGAAAUAGAGUUGCCAGGACUGGAGUCAAGUCUUUACUUCAAAAGCUAUCUUUUCUACAGUUGUCAUUUCACCUUCUUUAUCAUCUUUGAAAUAACUUCGUGAAUAUCCAUAUCCAGCCCUCAUUAUGGGAGUACUAGGCUCACAUGUUAUUUACAAAGAUUAUAGUUUAAUCUUAAUGACUUGAGACUUUGAGAUACUUGUACAAUAGGCCUAUAACUUUAGCAGCUAGAAAUGGCAUGUUACUGCAGAAACCCAGUAACUAUAAAGGAACAUGAUAAUACUGUGACCCAUUAUAAGAAGAGACAUACUUAAAGAAAAGGAAAAUUCUUAUUUUAUACCAAGGAAAAAAUGGACCAAAUAACAAAGUUCUCAGAUAGGAAUUCACAAAAUAGAACUUAAUAAUUCAGGUCUUUUUUUGGGGGGGGGUGAUCUAUAAAUAGAAAGUAUAAAUACAUAUAAAUAACUAAAUGAAUUUUCUGUUAAUCUGGGGUAGCCCUUGCUUGACAGUCUUAUACUUUCUCUGCAAAUAAAAGCUGACC